CUGCAACUGUUGAAUAAAACACGCGAGGCUGUUAGUAUGUGUGCUAGUCCUUGCUUGCUCUUUGCCCUGAGCACGUGCUGAACGGGAACGAACAUGCACACAGAGACCGAGGGAGGUGCGUUGCCUAACGCUUCAAAAAUCCCGUCCACCCGCUUAUUUUUACUGAACGGCUACAUUUUGUGCUGAUCCGUUCACGGAGGAAAACACAUCGCGACAGCAGUUCACUGAAAACGUUUCUAAUCACCACCUAGUCUACCCUGGUAGUCUGUGUGGCAGCGCGCUCAAAAUGGCAGAUUUAGGCAACGCCACUCAGCCCCGCGACAGCCAAUCGCUGAGCUCCUCUUAGUUUCGACUAAAGGGAGGGAAAUCCAAACUACCGAAUCGCCAAUACAGUCGGACCCUAGGCCCUGUCACAUCGCAUUUCUUAGCCACAUUUGCGCGAGGGACGGUGCCUGCCACAACAACACCACUGGUAGACACACGGGCCCUCGUCAAACUGCCUGUUCGGCCGAAAGUAUUUUUUCAGGAAAGUUAUGCUCGCUCUGCUCCAUCGUGCAGCCGCACGGUCAGAAGAGAAUCGCAGUUUACUGGUACAGCUUGUGCUGAGUUUUUCUUCUUUUUUUCCGAGUGUUUUCGUCGUGAAUAUAGUGAAGGCGCCCGGAAAAAAACAGCAGUCAUGACAGACCCUAAGUUGACUUAUAACCUUCCACCAGCGGAUCACAAGCCGACCGUGUCACAAGAAACGGAAAACCUCUACCACCUGUCGCAUGUCGUUCGUCUCUCUCCUAAACAAGAAACUUGUUCCCCUCAAGCGGCUUCCCUCAAGGAACUAUCUGAAGGCAAAGAGAAGCACUCCCAUUACAUAUGCGAUUCAAGCUCUAAGGUAUCUCUGCAACAUGAACCAUGCUCAAAAGCUGAUUCUGUGAGUGCCCCAAAGACAAAGUGAACAGACUUGAAGAAAACGUUUGCCAUGCAACAAAGAACGACACCAAAGUAUUUCAGGUGCUGACCCAACAGCGACGUCACACCCCAGAUAUGGAACACAGCUAUGGUUGUGAUUCGGUACAAACUGACUUUUCUCUCCUGGUAUUAAACUCUGUGAACAUCAAUGGCAGGGACCUUGGCAGUGAACCCCAGCAGCUGCAAAGGCAACUGUCAGAGGCCCCACACUAUGACAAUCUGUUCAGAUCAGCCCAAACCGUUCAGGCUCACACACAGUCCCUCUGUUUGCCCACUCAAGCUCUGCCAAGCUCUUCCCACAAGUCCCAGCAGUUGCUUCUGCAUUCCAGUUCCGCCAUUUCUAACUCAGCUCCAACUCUGGCAGACCACGGGUUUCAGCCAAAAUAUGCAUCACAGUCCAGCAAGCAGCAAAACAGAUCAUGACCUCAAUCAACUGAAGAUUCAGCAUAGCCUGGAAAGCAAGAUCAAGCAGCUGAACAUGGCCCUUGUUUUAGAGCCAGAGUCAGUGUCACGCCCUGGGCCUGACAAAGGCACCCCAGCUUCCUCCCAACAGGUUGAGAACACACAAGGGGUCUUGCAUCCAACAUCUGCCAGUCAAAAUCAAGAUACCUCUGAGACAGCAGGCAUACAAAUACAAAUAACAGAUGUCCACAGUCUCAGCAUUAGCUGCAGUUUUUAUGACAAUGAUGAUGACCAUUUCCUACCCUCCCUGCAAAGCCUUGACAAUGCAGACCCACCACCAUCCAUCACUGAGGGCUUUCACACAAACCACAUAAAAACCAGCCAUUUCCCAACCCACAAUGUUGAUGAUGUCCUCUUCCGCUCCCAGACAUUUCCACCACAUGGUAUGGAACAGUACCUGCUUUACGAUGAUGAGCUCCCCCAGUUCUCCAACAUCCCCACUGACACUAACGACAUGAUUAGCUGUACGGACACGAUGCACCUCACACCCACCAUUCCCCCUAACGCUGUCCACUUUGACUGGCAACACCCUUGGUUUGAUCACACUCCCAAAAAAGACACUUCAAAAGACAUUUCCAGAGGUCUCCCAACAGCUACAGUGACAUCUUCAUCAAAAGAAGAGGCAAUGGAUCAAGCACGCCAACUGUCUAAUGGUGUCAAAGUCAGCGUGCCUGUGUUGUAUGUACCAACUACAACAGAAAGCUCAACUGUUAAACAAGAAAAACAGGAAGCAGUCUGGGCACAUUCAGAGCAGCAAAUAGGUGAUGAAACUGGGCAAGUUUCCAUGCAAGAUUGCUUGCCUCGUUCUCUCCCUUCAAGCAUGGAAGGUACUCCUGCACAAGCUCCUCUGCAGAAGUGCUUGUCUCAGGCCUUGACCUUGGCUAUGGAGGGAGAUGCAGCUGUAGAACUGUCACAGGAAACUGGACAUGCAAAUCAUGCUCACAGUUUCACUCCAAUUCUGAGCAAGGACACUGGGUGUCCCAGCAGCUUUCUGUCCCCGCCACCCAGUGUUGAGAUGCUGCCCUGCUUGUCCAACUCUGGAACACCAGGUCCCGAGGACAGCGGCUACCUGACCAUGGAAGAACAGGAACUGGUAUCCCAAAGCAGCUCCUACUGGCAACAACCUCAUUUUACUGACAAGAUGGAUAGCAACACCAGCUUCAGAAGGCACUCAGCAACUAGCAGUAGUUGCUCUAGCCUCUCAGGUCCUGCUGGUCCUGGUCCUGGUCCUGGUGGUGGAGGUAGGUGCAGUGGGGAUGGCAGAGGAAGUCAUUUUGUUCCGCUGCGUGACUGCAUGGACCACUCGGUUCAAAUGGCCGGCAUGCUCUCAGAUGACGCUGUAUACUACCCCUUUUCUGACCUUAUGCAGCUUCACCCCAGCCUCCUUAGUGAUCAGGAACCAUCAAUACACUACAUUCCCAACGCCUCUCCUUUCUACCCCCUGCCACAGCAGAAAGCGGACAAAUACCCCCCUCCACAACCCCCCCAGACCUCAGUACGCAGGCGUCGCCAGGGUCCAAGCAGGGGACAAAGUACACAGAUCCAAUCAGACCAGAUAACGUCUUCACUUCUAAAACAGCAACAGGAGUGUCAACCAACAACCACUACCUACACCAAACGCCCAUACAAACGACGUUCAUCUAGCAUGGACACAAAACAAAAGCAAGCGCUGAUAAAACCUGAAGCUUCUAAAGACAAUGCAGAAAUCAGUGCUGGGGAGAAACGCGCACGGCACAAUGAGCCUCUUAACCAGAAGGCAGUGAGCAUCAUGUUUGAGUGGUACUGUCAGAAUGAGGAAAACCCGUACCCUUCCAAGGAGGAGAAGGAACGUAUGGCACAGGAAGGGGGCAUCACCACAAUGCAGGUCAAAUCUUGGUUUGCUAAUAAACGCAACCGUUCCCACAACACUCGCCCAAAAGUGCAGAAACGUGCCAUGGAGGAGAAGCUGAUGCAGAUCUGUAACCACCUGUCAAGGGAGAAAACCAGCUGCAUGCAGCAGGGAGACAACUCUUUCAUCAUCAAGGAGCUGUCGCAGAUCAUUCACACAUUUGAGAAGGAUAGCUCCUGAUAAGGAGAAAGAGGCACUUCUACUCUUUUUUUUUUUUUUGGUAAAUUUUGAAUCUUUGUACACAUUUUGAUAAUCAAAUAUUUAUGCAAAAAAGUCAAUUCCAGUCUAAUGCAUUUUUUUUUUUUUUUGCAGUUUUGAUGAUUAUCCACAAUGCUACACACAAUUUUUUGUUAGAUUUACAAUUUAGAAGCGAUAAACUAAGCAAAUCUUUUAUUUCACUAAUUUUGAUAAAGAAAACUUUGCUAUUUAUCAUUCUAAAGGCAUUCAUAUAGAAACAUAACAUACCUAAAAUACAUAAGUUUGUGUUCAGCAUUAUUAAAUGCAGUUAACUGUCACUAUUUAACUUCAUGAUAAAACUGGCAUUUACAUUUAUUUCAAUCUAUGACCUGGGUUUGUAUGAUCUUUCAAUAUGUUUGUCUCUGUUGUGGCAUUUUGAUGCCAUAUAGAAGGAACACAAUAUGGCUAUAAUCAUGCACCAUUGCUGGCUAGUGACACUUUGUGAGCUUAAGAGACAGCAGGAAUGUGAACUCAUCUAAUGCAAUUUGAUGAAGAUGCUGUGCACGCUACUUAAACAACAUGUUUUAUUCCCAAAUGGACAAUUUGUGAAGCUAAGUCUAAUUGAAGCUGGACUUUAUUUAGCUAGUCUGUAUGGUGCACCAGUGCAAUCAACAAAUGCAGUUUCUGAUGAUUUGUGAUGGUAAGCAUUUAUUUGCCACUGGAUCAUAUAUAGAACUCCUCUUCCUGUUUUAUAAGGUAUUGUGCAGGACAGCUGUAAAGCUUUAACAUUUAGCAAACACUUGAGAAGAAAGUCAGCAUGGUACUACUACUCAGAUCCCUUUGCCAUUUUUUUGUGUGUUAUGAUUGUUAUUGCUUUUGUGGUCAUAAAAAGGUAAAUAAAAACAUUGCAAUUACUAGAUACAUUGUACAAAACCCUUUCAGUAAUAUUAAAUGAAAUGUGUUUUUCUGGAAAACACAGAACUUUCACCAGUAACAAACUGUUUGCAAAGUUUAUUUCCAGAAAAAGUUCUCCAUAUCUUGAAAUAGUUAUCUUCUAAAUUCAGUUACACACUCCCUGCAUUGUCCUUUUGUCACAAAUAACUGUUAUUAUGCACAUUGUACAUUAACAAUUUUACAUGUUGAUGUAAGUACAUUUUCAGUACAGUCACGCUUCUAGUGUUUGGUUUAGUUCGGUUAAAUUUCCCAAGCCUGUGCAAGAGUUCAUGAUUUUAGGGACAAAUCAAAUUUAUUCAGCACAGAAAACAUGAUUAUUACUAUUAAGUGUGUUAGGAAGGUAAGCUGGGUGUCAUUACAGAUGAUAUGCAGACUUGUGUUUGAGAGGUUCCUUAUUUUGACAAACAAGAUGCUUUUGCUUUUUUCUCUAUCUUGUAUAUUGACCCAAAGACGCUUGUAUGUUAACCCAACGAUGCUCUACCAAACUGUGCAAUAUAUAAAAAAUGGCAGAACUGGUUCUUUGUGUUAGUCCACAAAGAAGUGAACUCCCUUUGGCUGCAGGUAUUUAAAGCGCUCUGUGAUAUCUGAUUGUGUCUUUCAAAGAAGUAGUUCCAUUGACUAACCACAAUAUGUAAAACUUGUUUCUCACAGUGAAUUUCAUAGUGUUUUCUUUUUGAUAUGUUUGAUGCAUCAGGCUGGUAGUGAUACGAGUGUGAAUGUGUGCUUAUGUGCAAGUUGGAACAAAAUUCUGUAUGCUUGUUCAGUUUCAUUCUUCAUUCAUGAUCUACAUGACACGUCAUUAUCGUUCAUUUACUUUAAACUAUUCUCAAGCAUGGAAACAACAAAUAUAACUGACAUGUCAGUUUCAUUUUACA